AAUCUCUAUCGUUUUGCCCCACUUGUAAUACUUUAUUCGCAUCUACUUCUUUUGUGGGCUUCCUUUUCUUGUCUGUGUUCUGCCCCCCAUUUCCCUUUACCUGCCAUCUCUUAACUCAUCUUUCUUCCAAGUUUUCAAACACAAUUUGAUAAAAAAAAAACUUUCUUUUUCGUAACAAUCCGCUAUGGGAGGAGGAAAUGGCCAAAAAUCAAAGAUGGCUCGUGAAAAGAACAUGGAAAAGCAAAAUGCUGCUGAAAAAGGAAGCCAGCUUGAGACUAACAAGAAGGCCAUGUCCAUCCAGUGCAAGGUGUGUAUGCAAACAUUCAUGUGUACCACAACCGAGGUGAAGUGCCGGGAGCACGCCGAGAAUAAGCAUCCUAAAUCCGAUCUAUUCGCAUGCUUCCCUCAUCUUAAAAAAUAAGGCAUCGAGGACGUCGGCUUGUUAUAGUGCAUGAUGCAUCUGUGUUGUAUCCCUUGGAACUCUAUGAUUUCUCUUUCACAAGCCUGUAAAAAACAAAACAAAAACUCAACUGAGUGAUUUCACUCUUGCAAUCUUAAUGUCGUGUUCAAAUGA